CACCCAGCCGCUAAGAGCCACCCACCCGUCAACCCCACAAUGAUAUCAUCGGAGCCAGAGAUGUGAAUGCAGAAAGCAGAGCCUUUCCUUGGGUAAUCUGGGACUUUAACGAGCUUAAUUGUCGUUAUGGCUUGUGGCACAAGUCAAGGAAGUUCAGCUGAGGAAGAGGAACGGCUGCUCUCUGUCUUUGCUUCGCCAAGGCAAGAGUUGAGCAAUGGACAAGUGCUUCUAGUCCUGACGGCUCACGAGACCUCUUUUCCCAGCACUUUGAAUGCGAAUCUUUGGGCAGAGAGAUUGAAGAAGCUGGGAAUUCAGGUGACACCUGACCAAUGGAAAAAUUUAAUUCAAGGCACGGUGUUGCAGCCGGAAGUUAAACAGUAUCUAUUCUACAAUUCCAGAGGAUUCAGAAUAACCAUUGCUGUGGUCCUGUACGUGACUCUCUGGAUCAACCUUUAUUCCACUCUGAUGGUAUUUUCUGUAGGACCUUCUUGGGAAGUCAGCAUCGUGGCCACUGUCGUAGCCCUGGCAGUUGCUUUGGCUGUCCGACUCAUCGUUUAUCGACGCCACCGUAAAGUAAGAAGAGACAAGGUCUCUAUGUAG